AUGUCCACGCCACCACCGCCGAAACCGUGGGAACGAGCAGAAGGAGCGGCUUUGACUCCCAGCAGUUCUUCUAAAGACACGCCGUUGGCGAACGCGCAAAUGAUGAAACCGUGGGACGUCCCCGGCGCAGGGGAAACGCCGUCUGGUAGGUGA